GACGGUCACGUGACCGACACUUGGCGCUGUUGUGAAGUUUGUGGAAGUUGGUGAGACCUGCUUCAGCUUCUUCUUCCCUUAAAACUGUCCUGUGUCUUUGUUUGAAAAGAAAACAAUGGCGGAGAUGUCUUUCGUGAUCUCAAUAAGCGUAAUGACCGUGUUUUGGGGUAUUAUUGGAGGAGUCGUGCCGUGUUUUAUUCCUAAAGGACCGAAUCGGGGAGUUAUUGUGGUGAUGCUGGUGCUAACUGCAGUUUGCUGCUACCUCUUCUGGCUGAUUGCUAUUCUGGCCCAGCUGAACCCGCUGCUUGGGCCGACACUCAGCAACGACACCAUAUGGUACCUCUAUUAUCACUGGGAGUAAUUCUCAAUCAUAGUCUCCUUGUCUGUCAGAUGUGUGUGUAUAUAUGGCCAAAAGUUCACUUCACUUUCUCACAAAGGGAAGAAGAAAUCAUACGGUGCCUGUGUGUGUGGUGUAAGACAUGAUGUAUAGAUUCGCUUGGUCGUCUUUUGUGGGAAAUAAUGAACAAACUGAACGUGUGUGUUUUUGUUUUGUAUUUCUGUCCAUUGCCAAAACCGUGCCCUUGUAUUUGGAGUAUAUUUACUCUGUGCCUCUGUUAAUGCAUUUCUUUUGUCCUUUUGUAUUAAUGUAACUAAAAACAUGGAAUAAAGUUCGCUAGCUGAUGUCA